ACGUCAGUGCCUGGUUACCGGUCAUGGAAUAUAGACAUCUAUUUAUCGUGAUAAUAGUAUUGUGGGAGAGCCAGGGAUCGUCGGCGGAGCCGACAGUCGUCAUAAAUGAUGGAGUGAUUUCGGGUACUGAGACUCUCACUCGAAAUGGGAGAAGAGUUUUCGCCUUUCGGGGGAUACCCUACGGCAAAGCGCCGAUUGGCCCAUUCAGGUUCAGGAACCCAGAGCCUGUUGAGCCCUGGAGUGGAACGUUCUAUGCGGACAGGGACCCUGACCCCUGUCCUCAGAUCAAUGACGAUGGUGUAGCCGUCGGUGACGAGGACUGUUUGAAGCUCAAUGUCUACACGCCGAAGACAGAUGGUGAUCUCCUGCCAGUAAUGGUGUACGUCCACGGUGGUGAGUUCGUCCGAGGGGACACAUACAUGGCCUCCGUAGGUCCUGGCUUCCUCCUCGAUUACGACGUCCUCUUAGUGGCGAUGCAGUACCGUCUCGGUGUUCUCGGUUUUAUCAGCACCGGUGAUAAAACCGCUCCGGGUAAUAUCGGAUUAAAGGAUCAAGUGCUCGCGCUACGAUGGGUCCAAGACAAUAUCAGGAACUUCGGGGGUGAUCCGGACAGAGUGACGUUAUUCGGUCAGAGUGCAGGAGCCGCCAGUGUCAACUUACAUGUCCUCUCAAACUUAUCCAAAGGACUGUUCCAUCAGUUCAUCACCCAGAGCGGAAGUGCCCUGUGCCCGUGGGCCUUCGAGGACUCCACGACGUACAAGGACUAUUCGUUCGCCCUUGGAGAGGACUUUGGCUGCCCCACCAACUCCUCGGAGGACCUCAUCAGCUGCUUGCGCAGCGUUGACCUCUGGGACCUGGUGACCAAUUACGAUCCCUUCGCUCCUUUCCGGAGGGAGACCACCAUCACCUGGAUGCCGACCAGGGAACCCGACAUCGAGGGGGCCUUCCUCACCGAUCUUCCAAUCCACCUCAUCCUGGGAAGUAAAAUGCAGGAUUUACCCAACAUCAGCGGUGUCGUCAAGGACGACGGCCUCAUCCUCACGAUAUUUCUACAUGCAAAUGCCACGCUGUACGACUCUCUCCUCGGUGAUUUGGAUUCCCUCUUCACUCAUAUAUCGUCGUCCUAUUUCAGUGACAGUAGAGCAGCAACACUUGCCACUUCUGUCCAGGACUUCUACUUCAGCGGUAUCGACGUUAAAAAUAAAACACAAGUGCUGGCGACAAUAACGGAUAUCAUUAGCGAUUCGUCAUUUAUUUUUCCGCAAGUUCUGCAACUCCAGUUGGCGACAAAAAAAAUGAAGAGCCCUUACUAUUAUUACAACUUUGCAUACCGCGGGACUUUCAGUCGUACUUCCUCUUUCUUGAAGAAUAAUGAAAAUAUCGGGGUCUCUCACAGCGACGAUCUUAUCUACAUUUUUCCGAGUAAUUCCAGCAGUUUUGGAAUUGACGAGGACAGCCUCAGUGAUGAGGAUCACAAGAUGGUUGAUAUUGUCACGGAAUUAUGGACUUCGUUUGCGAUUAAUGGGGUGCCCACAACGAGUUACGCAAGCCCACCGGACCUGUGGGAGACGUACAACGACCGGACAAACACGCGCCUGCUCAUUGGAUCGGGGUCCAAGGCGACAGUGGAGAUCCUCGAGGACUUCUUGGAGCCGCGGAUGCACUUCUGGGCGAUGCAGAUCCUCAAAAUGGUAUUUUUCUCGGGAUAGAAGUCACUGGGACUGUGACAGUCAUUUAAUCCCUGUAUUUUGUCAAUAAAAUCCUCGUCAUGCCCUCA